CGUCAAACGCACUCUUCCUCCCAUUCUUCCUUCGCCCAACGAUGAAGCUCCCGACGCUCGACACGCUGCGCAGCAUCCCGCCUGUCUUCAUCACGCUGGGCCUCGUCCUCGUCUCCAAGACAGUCGUCGACCCGGAGAACAUGGUGCACCUCUGGCUCGUGCGCGGGCUCUAUGCGAUCGCCCAGCUUGGCUGCGUCCUUACCCUCUUCUACCUCUACCUCCAGGCGCGCAACAACCCGGAUCCGGCCGUGGUCGUCGUCAAGGAAGACCUUGGCUUUGGCAUGGAGGGCGAAAAGACCGAAAAGAUCACGGUCGGCCUCCAUGACCAGCGCGUGGCCUUGAAGGAAAUGCAGAAGAUCGUCUUGGGUCUCGCCGUCGCGAGCUUCCUGCACGUCAAGUGGGAGUUCAUCCCGCCGCUUGUCAUUGGCAUCUUCAGCGGCCCGCACGGCUUGUACAGCACGCCCAUUGUCCGCGUCUUGCUCCGUGGUGAGCGCGCGUGGGGCAAGCUCCAGCGUCCGUGGGCCGAGCCGGCUUCGGCGAUGGCGAGCCAGUGGGAGUCGUGGAACGAUACGAUCACGUCGGCGCUCACGGGCGAGCCGAUGCAGAAGAAGAGCAAGAAGGACAAGACGAGCAAGCGCAAGAACAAGUAGAGUCCACCAUUAAGUGUCCAUCAUGCAACUACAGUACAACAUUGCACCGCUGCAAGAUCAUCGACUUCUUUCCCAAGUGUCCAUUAGCAUGGGCGUAAGUUACAAGUUACUACUAUCAUGUGCACAAAUACAAGCUCCGCUCACGCGGACGCAGCGAACGGAGGCCGAUGCGUGCGUGCAGGAGACUUGUAC